AAAAGUCGUUGACGCCAUCGUCUUAGGUCUAUUGAGCAGAGUUCCAUCUCCGCCGACCCUAAUUAAAUCCUCGUCCUCCUUUCCCUUUUCCAGCUCGUAGACUUCGUAUCGGCUGAAACCGAUGGGAAGCUGUUCCCCUGAUUCCGCUUCGAACUAGGGUUUUGUUCCUUCUGGUGAACUGUGGAUUACACUAUUUAAGCAUGGAGAAUUUCAGAUUCCCACAUUCUGUUGGUGCACUUCGUGUAUAGUCCCUUUUUGAGCCGGCUACAUCUACUAAUUUGUGACUAGAAGGAAACUCGAAUGUGGCGUUGCCAUGGAUAGAACCAUUCAUUGGAAAGAGACUUUGCCUUCGAUUUAGAAAGUGGCAUGAAUUAUGUGAAAAAAGAACAGGAAGGAGUGAAGGAUAUAGAAUUUCUGAGUGGGUUUGGCAUGGAUGGGUUUGUAAAACCAGAAAGAGAUGGGCCGUUGGAACAUAAUCGAUCUAGCCCUUCUGAACAUUCUUACACAGAUGAGGAGGCUUUGGUUGACAAGAGGGUUGAACCGGAGGAUAGUGUAAGCCUUUUGGAGAAGAAAAUUGAACUUGAAAUGACAAAAAAGAAAGGACGAAAAAAGCCACCUAAGCCACCUCGUCCUCCCAACUCUCUGCCUCUGGAUGCUACUGACCAGAAGCUAAUGAAGAGGUUGAAGAGAGAAAGGAUUGGAAGGAUGAAAAUCAAGAUGAAGAAUAAGUCAACACGUUCUAAUAGCAGCCUUUGGACCUUGCUCGUCACUAUUCUUUUAAUCCUUGUUAUCAGCUGGAAAGGACUUGCAACUUCUUUCACAUCGGCCAUCGCUCUGGUGAACUCUUUUUGGCAAUAAGUUUGUGGACCAGUGUGCAGAUGAUAUAGGUCAAGCAUGGCACUAUGUGACAAGGCAUCAAUUAGUUCUACUAAUGUCAUUUUGCUACUGGUUCAACCAAAUGUUUCACUACAGUUUUCUGGUUUGAAAUUCAUUUCCUAUGUUUUACUGUAUA